UGUAAGAAGAUCCAACCGAAAGCGAACGGAAGCAAAGUAUCGGCUUUUUUUCAUGGCAGGACGCGCGCACAUGUUACACACAGGAUGCUGUGUACUUGCCAUUGUAAUCUCGUUGCCGGCAAACGAGAAUGUGAUGUUUGGGAUGACGCUGACUGCAGCCGAGGGCUUUGUGUGUGUGUGUGUGUUUGUUGGUGGUGAUGGGGGUGAUGGUGAACACAACUGUUCCACCGCACGGAGUCACGUAGCAGCACACAGCACACAGCAUCGAGCGAGUGUGGGUUUGGGUAAGGUUGUAUGGGUGCGAGAACCCUUCAGGACACUUGUGACGGCUGACGGAAGCAUCUAUGUGUAUAUGUGUGUGUGUGUGUUUGCGUAAUUCGUAACGCGAACCGGGAAGCUGUCCUGCACGCGUCUCGAGAGCCGUGUUUUGUUCCUUCGUAGCCCUUUUUUUGUGUGUGGCGUGUGCGCGCGUUGGUAGUGGUGUGCUACAAAGGACGACGACGCUGCAGUGUAGCGCAAAAGACCAAAAAAAAGGAUCAGUAUGUAUGUAUGUGUGUGUGUGGGUUUUCUGUGCUCACACACUGACAAAUAAGGGAACGGUUCGUUUGAGAAAAAGGACGAGAGCUGGGCAAAAAAGAAACGAUGAGAGUGUAAGAUGAGGGAACGAAAAACUCGCCGGAACAACGGUUCCAGGAUUCAUCUCGCGGCUGGUGACACACGAGCUGGUCGGUCGCGCGGGCGUCCAUUCCCGGUCGCUCUUGAUGUGUGGGUAUUUUUCCGACCUGUGAUACUUGAGUGAUUUUAAUUGCCGUCUACUACGGAAACUCCACAAGCGAGAUCCAAAAGUUAUGAAAUGCAGAAAGUUAAUGGUUCAUAUACGAACGUGUUUAGUGUAGUAAAUCGUAGACGAAGAAUUAGUGGUGGAAAAUCCGUCUGCAAGAUAGUGCGUCGUUGGUGUUAAAUAAUGUAGCCGUGUGUUGGUGAUGCAUGUGAAUGUUGUGCCAAAGAAAUGCACAGUCCUUGCGUUCCCAUUAUCCUUACGAGUCAGUAAAACCCGUUCAGUGAAUCAUAGAGAAAUGAAGGUGUUGCAGCAACAGCAACAACUGUGCGCACGUAGAUUCAUACCCCAAACAAGCACGUGCUGUUGUUGCGUGCAAAGUGUAAUGUGAAGUGUCGGUGCCCGAAAUCUCCCCACACUCCCGGGCGGAAGGCGUCUUCCGACUGCGAUGAAAAGAUGAUAUUCGGUAUUUUGUCUCCUCCGGGUCCAUUUCUGACACCGAGCCCGUCGCCAUCGAUACCAGCGAGCCCUCGGUUACAGCCGUCACCUUCGCAGUCACCGUUUUCCCAGCAGCAGGACAUUUUGCUGGUGACGAACAGCACCAUCGGUAAUGUGACUCAGGAGCAAGAUCGCAAAACCGGUGUUGCAGGACGACGUCAAUCAUUUAGCCAGCAACAAUCCACUAUCGUUCACCAGCAGCAGCAGCAGCAACAGCAACAGCAACAGCAAGUACUGAGCACCAGCCCAAAUGCCGGAACAGUGGUGUACCGUCCUAGCCCUACGCAGUCACCGGCGGGCGCUACGACAUACAGCAUCUCGACCACGCCUGGCAAUGAGUUCAAUACGACUCUAGUCGGCUCCAACAACAUUUCACUCAACAAGAAGGGUCGGAAGUCGUCCUCUGUUAGUGCUAUACAGCAGCAGCAGCACCAGCAGCAACAUCACCACCUCCUCCAACAGUCACAUGCAGGCCAUGGACAUGGAACAUUGCCCCCCGCCAGUAGCCCGAAAGCGGCGAAAAAAGCAAUGCAGCAGCAGCAGCAGCAGCAGCAACAGCAACAGCAACAGCAGAAUCCGUACCAACAGCACCACGCGGCGGUAUCAUUCGUCGGAAGCCCGAUUGCCAGUCCCAGUCCGAUCGCAAGUCCGAACGGUAGCUCGAUACUGGUCACUACCGGCAGCGGCACCGGCGUGGCAGGUGGAACGUCCAGCGCGACAAACAUGAGGCCACCGACACCGCAACCUAUCAUUCAGCAGUAUCCUGUUGUGGGCACCGGAAAUCAAAUAGUGCAAAUUUUCCAAGGUUCCCAGUUUGCAAUUACCCAGUCACAGGCGGCACAGCAGCACCAUCAUCAGCUGCAGCAGCAGAGCGGGCGCCACACCACAACAAUCGUAUCCCAGCCAAGCCCCCAGCAACAGCAGCAGCAACAACUAAACCAAACGAGCGUUCAGCAGCAACACAUACCGCUGCAGCAGCUCCACACAAUCCAGCAGUCGCCCUCGCACCAGCAACAGUUCGUGCAGCAGCAAAUCAUAGCCACUUCCGUGGCGCCGAGCGUGAUACCGUCGUCCGUUGCCACUGCGGGCGUCGCGACCGCCGGCGGGCUAGUGAUAACCGGGGCAGGAUUGCAGACCACCUCCCCAGCACCUGGCGGCAGCGUAUCGAGCGUGAAACAUCACAGCGUGAAGGGACCGCAGCAGAUUCUGCCCAAGCCGGUGGCCACCACGACGCCCCUGGUGUCGCCGACGCUGUCGACCUCAUCCUCCCCGUCGUCGGCCACCGUGGUGCACCAUCAGCAGCAAAGCCCCCACCAGGCGACGGCGUACGUGUCCAGCUACGGCACGACACCGGUGGUGCACGGCACGAAGACGAUCGUCACGCAGCCGAAAACGGUCACCUCCGUCUCGCUGCCGACGGUGGUGUCGCAACUGCCGACGGCCCAGCUUCAGGUUUCGCAGGCGGGUACGGUGGUGAGCGCCGGCGGCACUACCCAAGUGCAUUUCACGACCACUGCCGCACCGCAACAGUCGCACGGUGCCGUCUCGAACACGGCCCAAGUGCACGGCCAAAUGGUUACCACGGCGGCGCAACCGGCGGGAGCGCAGCAGCAGCCAACGGCACAGACCGCCGGCACGCCCCAGAACGGUUCCAUCAUCCUGCCGGCGGGCAACAUUAACGCGCAGCCCCUGCUGCUCAACCAGAUGCCGGUGCUGGUGCAGCAGAACACGCCGCAGGGGGUGCAGCUGAUACUGCGGCCGCCGACGCCCCAGCUGGCCGCCCCGAGUCUGGUGAUACACAACACGCGGCCCCAGCUGCAGCAGCCGCAGCCCCAGCAGGUGCUGCGGAUACUUAACGCCAACGGGACGAUGCAACUGGCCACCGCACCCACGUUCAUCGUGUCGUCCCAGGGCAAUCUGGUGCAGCAAAACAUUUCCGGGCUGAAGACGAACCAGGCCGUGCCGCUGACGCAGAUCCAGGGGCUGCAGGGCCAGCGGCAGCCGCAGCAAAUCACGGCCGCCAUCAACCAGCAUCUGCUGAGCCAGGGCGUCGCCCAGCUGCAGAACCUGCAGCUGAACGGCAACCUAGCCCAGAUACAGAUGCCGAACGGGCUGAACGGGCAGCUGCUCACCACGUCACUGCCCGCCCAGUUCCAGCAGGCCAGCUUCGGGCUGCAGAACCAAAACAUCAACCUGAACCAGCUGGGCGGCGUUAAUCUACAGCUGACCGCGGCACCGGGCGGAGCGACCUUUGUAUCGCCCUCGUCCACCCCUGGAGCAGCACCGGGAUCCACACCGACCGGGGAAAUCGUGGUGAAUGCUCAAAAUAUUCAAUUCGCUCCGAGUGGAGCGUCCAAUACGAUCACGGUGAACGCUCAGGGCGCUCCCCAAACGCAACCCGCCCAAGUUGCACAACAACAGCAGCAGCAGCAGCAGCAACAACAACAGCAGACAGGCGGUCAACAGAUAUUGACCACUUCAACGAUCGAUGGGCAGAUACAGACGGCUCAAAUUAUUCCCACCGUUACGACGGACACAUUGCGACACCAUCAUCAGCAUCCCGGUACGCCCAUUCUAACCACCGCCUCCGGCCAGCAGGUGAUCGUAACCGACGGUGUAAAGGCACAGAUACAAGCACAAACCAUUGCAGCACAGCAGCAGCAACAGCAGCAACAGCAACUGUUCAAUCACACAAACGCUACGCUACAGCAGCAAAACGCAACGGCAGUGACCAUACAGCAGCAGUCGAAUCAGCUGCCUCCGCCAGCGGCGGCCCUAUCCUUGCCGGCCGCCCGGAUUGAGGUAGAAAAACCAAAAAAGGAGCGACGAAACAAGAAGAAAGUGAAACCAAUCAUGCAACCGCCGGUGGCAACGGCCGCACCGAUGAUUGUUCAACCGAGUGCGCCAGCCGUCAGCCAUGUGCCAAUGCCUACCGGCGCGAUAGCGUCCACCACGACGGCCUCCGUCGAACGGCUAACGUCGCCUAGCUCUCCGUCGUCGUACGGCAGCACGCACACACCAACGGGGAAGCUGGAUUUGGCCAAUCUGAUGAAAAUCUCCGGCAUCGGCAUUGAUGACGACGAUUUGAUGGACACGGAUGAACCACCGCCGCUGCUGACCACCGCCAGCAGCCACCCAUCCGGUGGAGUGGAAUAUCCCGCCAAUAUUGUGAUACAGCACAGUGACGCAAUGAACGCUGCUAAUAACUCUGGCGGGCAGCAGCAGCAGCAGCAUCCCGGCAAAGAUAUGAUGUCAUCGUCUGCGCUUGUUUCCUCUGGAGGGCAACCGGCCACUGGACAGAUGCUUGUGCAAGCUCCGCAGCAGCAGCAGCAGCAGCAAGCUGCCCCGGUGACCAAUCAGCCAAGUGGUGGAGGAAACGGAAGUGACAUUAUGAUCACGAUACCUUCCACCGGUGGUUCGGAGAAUGUGGAAUUUCCCUACACAAUCUCCAUACCGACAACAACACCGGGUAUGGAGCGGCAGCAGGAGUCGAAAGGGGCCGGCGAAAGUCCGAGCUCCAAUACGCCAGCGUCCACCGGGACGGCGGUGCAGCAACAGGAUGCACCGUCGUUCAUGAUCACGAUCGAUCCCACGAACGAUGCUAGUUCCGGACAGGCAUCGUACACGGUGUCGCUGCCACGAUUCGGCAGCGCAGCGAACGAUGAGUCGAAGAUCGUCAAUAUUGCGACCGUGGCACCGACCGCGAGCGUGCAGGCCAUCAACACUACCACCACCUCGUCAAUGGCCACCUCGAACGCGGGGAACAUGCAGCAGAGCAGCAACACGAUCUGCGUAAACAGCCUGAUGAACAACGUGCUGAACAACACGCAGGUGACGCCAACGCUGCAAAGCCAAAUCAACGAAAUACAAAACCAGCUGAUGGCCGAAGCGCAGCCCCAUCUGGCGGCGCCUGCGUCGAAACCCGUCAGCAGCGCUGCGUCCGCUUCGUCGACGCCACUGCAGCAGCCGAUGGUAACCACCAUGGCACCGAUCAGCGGAACGAUGGCUUCUGCCGCCGCCUCCUCCUCCGGUACAGCUACGACCACGUCGAUUGUGAUAUCUACGAGCGGUAGUAAAAUUUCGUCCGUUCCCUCGCCUGCCUCGAAGAAGAAGACGGUCACGAUGGGCGGCGGCAACUCGGGUAGCACCGCACUCAGCAAGAAGAAUGGGAAAAAGCUAGAAAAAUCGUUCGACACAAUCGGUACGACCAGCGCGGUACCGACGCAGAUAGGCAAUAUUCAAAUUUCACAAGUCGACGGUACGACGGCGAACCAGAGCAAGGCGGUGAAAGGUGGCACCAUUAACAAUCAGAUACAAAUCACUCCAAUCAUCGACAAUAAGGUGGUGAAUGCCGUCGGUGCCCAAUACCAGAGCCUGGCCCAGCUGCAAUCUUCGGUUAGUCAGCCGCAGUCGACCAUCACCAUCCAGAGUCAGAUGCAACCGCCACAGCAGCAGCAGCAGCAAAACCACACCGUGCUGACGACGUUAGGAGGGGUUACCGUUUCGCAGCAUCAGCAUCAGCAGCCAUCGCAUAUGCAAACGGUGCAAACUGUGCCAAGCACGCUCCAAUCGAACGUCAUCGGAGGAGGUGGAAGCGGUGGAGUAGUGUUCACCACGCAACAGCAGCAGCCCUCGGUCGUGGUCACACCCACAGUGCAACUGAACCAAACGUCCAUCACGCCGACGACGACCGUAAUACAACAACCAGCCGCAGCACCAGCAGCAGCAGCAGCUCCUCCUCCACCGCCACCGCCGGUAACAACAGCACAGGGCAUACUAGCCCAACUGACGGGCAGCUUAAGCUUAUCGAUCGCGGCCGAAACGGGCCAGCUUAUUCUAAAGCACGACAUUAACCAGCCGCAAACUCCCGAAUCGCAAACCAUCCUGCAAGCGAUCCUGUCCGGUGCGCUGGGCAAUAUAACGCUGGUAAACGAACCCUCGAAAGCACCGCAGGCAACGCUAGCCAACAGCAACAGUACCAUAUCGGCCACCAUUGCUCCCAUACAGCAGCAGCAGCAGCAGCAGCAGCAUCAACAACCAGCCCCUGUACCCAUCACGCAGCAGCAGGCCCACCAGAUUGUGGUGUCAUCGCACCCACAGCAACAGCAGAACAAAAAUGUGGCCACAGUCAGUGCACAGGUGCAGCAAAAAGCGCCCGGAACUACGACCACGGUCACUAUCCAAUCUGGACAGUCUCAGCUGCAACUUCAGCAGCAGCAACAGCUGCAACAACAGCAACAGCAGCAGCAAUUGCAACACCAGUUGCAGCAGCAGCAACAGAUGCAACAAAUGCAACAGCAGCAGCAGCAGCAGCAACAGCAGCAACAGCAACUUUUGCAGCAACAGCAGACGAUCGCAACCGUCUUUACCUCCCAGCCAUCGAGCACAGCAACGGCAAUAGCGCAGCAGCACAUGCAAACAGCUGCCGGCAAUAGUCAGCCCCAGUUGGUGCAGGCACAGCAGCAGCCCCAACCGCAAAGCAUGAAGCAUAUUCGCAAGCCGGAAACGAGCAUUGAACCAAUCUUGAACCAUCAGCCACAGCAACAGCAGCAACAGCAGCAGCAGCAGCAGCAACAACAACAACAAACGGUGUUGGUAAAUCCAAACGCACCCAAGCUGGUGGAGCUGCCGAAGGUUGGACCGAACCAGCAGCUGUUCUCACUGAACACACUGACCAACCAGAUAACGCAGCUGAGCCCCGGCCAAACGACCGCCUCCCUCGGGCCGAUGGAGCGUGUGCUGAUCGUACCGACGGGAAUCAAUGCGCAGCAGCUGGCGCAAUGCUUGAUGCAGGGACAGAUACACUUCAACAACGUUGGCCAAGUGACACAGUCCAGCGAAACGAGACCAACGCCGACGCUUACACAGUCACAGCAGCAGCAGCAACAGCCUCAGCUUUCCUCUACACCGUCAACGGUGCAGAAGGGUGGGGCGACUACGCAAAUCCUUGCCAACAACAAUCCAGCGGGUGCCGCGAAAGUAGUAAAUAACACUAGCAAUGGGGCAAACUCUAAUCACGUAGUAAAGGAAAAACCGAAACGCAAUCGAUCAAAGAAGCAACAGGAUAAAACGCAAGCAGUAGCAGCAGCCGCCGCCAGUCCUUCGAAACCGACGGUUGUGAAAGUCAAUGCCAUGCCGAGCGGGUUUCCUCCAAGCGUUGUUCUGCAGCCUGGUCAGCAUGCACAGCCGAUACUGGCUGAGGAUGGGACCAAGAUUGGCACCAAAAUAGUGGGAACUGUGAAUCCGAACAACUUUGUUACCAACAGUCUCCAGCAGCAGCAGCAGCAGCAGCAGCAGCAGCAGCAGCAACAACAACAACAAAUACAACAGCAGCAACAGCAAUUACAGCAACAACAGCAAACUAUACAACCAUUAGUUGCUCAAGUGCAUCCUCAGCAACACCAGUCAGCGAAAUUGGCUGGGUCUACGACCAUGGUCGUUAAAGGUACUAUCGGUUCCACCACCGUUACGGCCACAGCACCGGCAGCCCCAGCCAGUAACAACAUUACCGUUACAGCAACACCCAUCAAGAAGGCCAGAGCCAACAUCGUUACACAGCAGCAACAACAGCUUCAAAAUCAACCUCAACAGCAGCAGCAGCAGCAGAUGCCUCCAUUAGUCAGUGUGAAUUCAGCAGUCCCUGCCCCGGCAUCCCUGAGCAGCAGUACGCCAUUAGCGGUCGGAACGCCUGCUGUGGUGCAGCGGGUGCAAACGAUUCAGCUGACCCCGCAAAAGCAACAACAUCUGAAGAGCGUCCAGCAGCAGAUACAGCAGCUGUCGACAAAGCUGCAGAACAAAAACCUGCUCGCCUCGCUGAUGAUACCGGCCGAGUUCGAUCCAGCCAAUCCGAUGUACAGCAAACCGCUGCCCACCAUCAAGAACCUGCAGACAAUGUCGGACAAGGAGAUCUGCACCGUGCUGCAGCGUUUGUUUAUGGAGCAGCAGAAGAUCCUGUCCAGUGGGAAGAUUAUUCCUACCAUACCGGCCGGGCACACGUUUGCCAGCACGGCUCAGCAGCAGAGUCACCCACCACCGCCAGCACCGAUCAGCAGCAGCAGCAGUCAGGGCCCGAACGAAGCGACAGCAAAUGCAGCUGCGGUCGACCAGAAACCGCAGCAGGCAAUCAUAACGCCGAUCACGGUUACGCCCAGCGGUGGUACGACCCUCUUUCAAGCUGGCAGUGGGUCCACUGCCGGCCCUACGCCCAUGCAAAUCAUGUCCUCGACAGCCGGGCCGAACAUGAGCGUGAUAGCUUCCGGAGCGAUUGCUAGUACCGCGUCUUCCGUCGCGCACUCAUCCAUGUCCAUCACGAUAACGAGCAGCACCGUGCCGAUGCAAAGUGGCGGCGGCGGGCAGAAGUUUGGCGCCGGUGCGAAUGUAGCGAUGAACAAGCAGACGACUACGAUCAUUCCAAUCACCUCGACACUGCAGCCUGCCGGUAGCGGUCAACCGAUGCUGAAACCCGUCGGCUCAACCACAACGACAGUCGGUAACAAUGUGAGCGUUACCAAAAACAACAUCACGGUCCCGGCGGGAACGAUCCUUCCCAAGCAUAUUAUGCUUGCUACUGGCGGACAGUCCCUGGGCAACCCCUCCGUGAUGCCUCCGUUGCACACGCUUGUGCCGACGCAGCAGCAACAGCAGCAGCAGCAACAGAUGACGCUGGUCAGCAAACUGGACACUGUUGGCAAUCAGCAGCAACAGCAAACGCUCGUAUCGAACCACCAGGUGCCGCCGGUGGGUGCGUUAACCGGUGCGAAUCGUUCCAACACUCCCGUGCCACCGCCACUUGUCGCCACCAGUCUGCCCGGCGGCGGUCAUCUGAAAGCACUUACCGGCGCAGGUCCUGGCAAUUCUUCGAUCGUGAUCGUCGGUGGAUCGCAUGCAAUAUUGAGCGGCACGUCGCAGAUGAUUGCACAGACAGCGGCCCGGAUUCAGCAACAGCAGCAGCAGCAGCAGCAACAGUUACAGACACAAGCCGGUAGCAUUCUCAUUACCAGUGGUGGAACGACCCCUUCAUCGGGCGCUGUGACCUCCACGGCAACGCCUGCUCUGGCUGCAAUUACUCCUCUGCGGACGGGCACACCAUCGGCCGGUUCUGCGGUAUCGUCUGCGAUACCACUACCACCGUUGGUUCCGUCCAACGUCAGCAGCAAUAGCAGCAGCAGCGGUAGCAACGUCGUUCCGUUUAGCUCGACCGCUACUAACAGCACCGUACACCCAGCUGAGACCAGCACAGCCGUGGCGACGGCGAGUAACUCCACUACGAUGACGACAACUACGACAACAAUGGCGACGGUGGCCUCCUUCCCGACCACCACGACGACGGCCAGCGCUCUCUCGUCAGCCGUAGUGGCCGCCUCGGCCAUGAACAACAACUCCAGCACGCCGGCCGUCAUCAUCGCCGCGCCUGCGGGUACUUCACCGUCCACCCCGAUGACGUACAUUACGACGAACGUGCCGAACAGUCCCGCCGUAAAAGUACCCCGUGCAAGUUUGUUUGAAAUUCAGAUACAGAAGGAUCAAGAUGCGUGUACGAAACCGGACACCAACACACCGUUCGGUAGUAAGCAGGAUGCAAUCAAGCGGCUAAUACGCUACCACUGCAUGUACGAGGAAAAGUGCGAGGAGAAUGAGGAGGAAGAGCUGCAGUUUGAGACGACCGCCGAAUGGUUCCCGGACGCGUUCCGGACGAUGCUCAGCCGCUAUCAGCGGUUAAUGAUCAACGAGUCGAUGCGGGAAGUGCGCACCUCGGAAUUGAUGCUGGUGAACAAACUGUUCAAGGCGGACAUCACGCAGGAGAUUGAAGAGAUGCAAGAACAUCUCCGCGAGGUGGAGGGCGACGUGAUGCCAUCAGCAGACGGCGGCGAGGACGUAAUAUGCGUCUCCUCUGACGAGGACAAACCCAAAUUGAAGGAGCUAACCGCACCACCACCAGCGCAAAGCCAAUCUCCGCUACUGCCGUUAACGCUGCCAGAGGGUCCUAGGAAAACCGAACCAUCGUAUGGCACCGGAACCGCCGGAAGCUGUGUUUCAGAGCUGUCUUCGAGCACGAACACCAUGCUGACGGAAACAAUACGCUCCAGUAGUACUACCACCACAGUGUGCAAAACUGCGUUGGGCAGUGAAACGUCCUUCCAAAGCACAUUCCAAAAGUCCAACAUCACUGCGUCGGUCGUGCAAUCGGUGGUGCAGGUGCAGUCGGCAACGGUGAAGCACGAACCAGCGACCGCCAACCGCAGUAUGGCUGGCAUCGGUAGCGGUGGUGCUGGUACACCUUGGAGUGAUGCGUUGAAGAAGAACGCACGAGCAACAGUGACGAACAGUUACGAUGAUAUCGAAAGUGAAAUCACGCCCAGCUUCAUAAUGAAGAAAACAGACAGCGCCUGCAUGAUGGACGAGAAAAAGGGUGACAUUUUGAACCCACCGCUUCACGGGUCAUCCGUCACUGCCACAAUGGUCACAUCAACGGCUCCCCCGACGUUGCGUUAUUUCAACCAGGUACACUUACCCUCGGCACAGAAGCAUUGUGCUGCGGAGAGUUCGAAGGUGGAUAGCAAUCACCUUCCGUCCGGUCCGUCCGUUGCGGCAACGCAGCUCGCGUCCUCAAAGCAGUCGACGGACCAGCAGCAGCAGCAGCAGCAGCAGCAGCAGCACGACUCACCGUAUGACGAGUGGAUGUGCUUCCAGAAAGAUCUCAGCUACUUCACUGGCCCCGGCAGCGAUGGCAACGUCACGAGCGAAGUCACCAAUCUCGGCAUCGAUCCGCCGGGCAGAAGGAAAACGACGGAGGAGGAGAUGCACGAAAUGUUCAACUCGAAUGAUUCGAAAAGUGUCGAUAAGCAGCUGGAGCAGCUGUUUAACGCCACGGCGGACGAUAAGCAACCGCCUCCGGUGUCGCGGAUUGACUCUCCGCUGACCGAAUUCUUCAACAACCAUCAGCGCACGGGUGUAACCGGCGGUGGGGAGGGUGUUUGUGGCGGCGCAUCCGCGAAGAGUGUUGAAACGCGCCUGGACGCAUUGUUUGGAGGUUGUGAAAGCAGCUCAUCCGCGGUGGAAAGGAGUGGCACUGGCGGGAUCAACGAAAAGUCUAACGAUAUGAUGACGUCCCGCCACUGGUCCGCUUCGGUGUUCCAGUCAUCGCACGACGAGGAGGAGUCUACGUCCGAUUCCUUCCUGCACAAAGCAACGGGCAACAGCUUUGAGCUUCUUCAGCAGCAGCAGCAGCAGCAUACUUCCAGCGGUGGAACACAGAAGCGCCAUUGGACGGGUGCGGUUUCGGGUGGUGGUGGUGUAGUUGCCGGAGGCAAUGGACCAUCCUCGGCAGGGUUGCUGUACGCGAGUGAACCGUCGGAAGCGGAAGCAAUCAAUCCCAACAAGCGGCAGUGUAUGUCGCUCGAUCGUAACGAUUCGAAACCGCUCGACGAUGGCAGUGCCAACGUUGUGAAGGGUGACGAUGAUCACCGUUGGCUGAUGGAUUGUGCCGGCAACGAUGAGCCUGCCGGGGCCGCCAACAACAACUCCCAAGUGCAGCCGUUGGGCACGGUCAGCUCGAACGGUUCUGUUGCGAAACCCGCUCCAGGUAACGAACACAUUCUUGUAAGCAAUGGUAGUAACAGCGGCAUUGGAAGCACCGACAUCAGUAUUGGCUGUGGCACGAUAGUAAAUAAUGGUGGUGGUGGUGGGCUUGGUGGUGAUAGUAGAGCUAUUAGUACUGGCGGGGUAAUCAUUGGUAACUGUAGAACGGCUUCCAACGGCAAUCCGCUGGUCGGCCAGGUUGACGGUGAAGACGAUGGGCUGUCCACUAACAUUAUCAUGCUGGGUAGAGCGACCAACAAUAACAACCACAGUAAUAAUAACAAUAACAACAAUAACAUAAAUCAUGAGCAUCACCAACAACAUCAUUAUCACCACCACCAUCACGGCGUAUCGAAGCGCACCUCGUGGAACGGGGACAUCCUGCUAGCAUCAGCGACGGCGGAGGACGUCGAUCACCACCACGGGAAUAUGCUCGACAUGCUCGAAACUAAUCUAAGCUUAAGCCUAAACAAUCUUAACAGCAUCUGUGGCUCGGGCAUACUGGACAACGGCGAUCCAGGCGAGGCGGACGCGCUGCCCCAUCAUCACCAUGCGCCGCAGGCGGCCGACGAGCAGCAGCUCCACCAUCAUGCGCAGCAGCAGUCUCACCUUUUGCAUCACAACAACCACAUAUCGCACAAUCGCAUUUCCUCCCAUCAUUUGCAUCACCAAAACCCUCACACUCACCAUCAUAUGCACCCGGCCAUCGACGGGACCACCGGGGCAGACAUGGUCGAUGACGGUGGACGAAAGCAAGGCAGCAAGGGCUGCUUCGACGAUUCGACCGAUUUGGUGGUGCAUGGUGGCAGUGGCUCAAACGCUUUGCCGUUACCAGGCGAUGAUGCAUCUAGUCUAAUCCUAUGUGGUGGUGGUGGUAGUAGUAGAGGUGGUGACGUUGGUGGUGGUGUUGUUGGUAGUAGUAGCACUCAUCAUGACGAUAGCAGUGAGCACAAUAAAAUCAACUAUCUCGAUCGUGAACUUCUAGGCUUGGACACCUCGGUGCAUCAUCAUCAUCCCCAUCAGCACGGUGUCGAUGAAAGCGGUCGAGCACCGGUGAUCAAUUCAGUCCAUUCUCACCACCAGCACAAUCCUGGCUCGGUUAUGAACGGUCCAGGGACGAUGGUUGGUAAAGAAGAGGCCGCACUGCACCUGCCGACAGGUAUGAUCGGUGGAGGAGGAGGAGGAGGAGAUGGAGAGUCUUCCUUCCAAGACCAGCAGCAGCAACAACAGCAGCAGCAGCAGCAGCUUAACCACCACCAUCAUCAUCAACAUCAUCAUCAUCACCAUCAGCAAACAAUCCACGAUCUGCAUCAGUUCAAUCACAUCUCGUUCGAUACGAUGGGAGUGCCCAACUUUGAGGAGGACAUCAGCCGGCAGGUGCAGAAUGCGAUCGACAGUAUCUUGAACCUGCAGAGCAACGAAACGGACGGUUCGCUACACUACUCGCUCGAUCAUUCCUUCCUGCCCGACAGUCCGCUCUCGAGCGGGCUGGUAAACUCCGUCACUCCGUCACCGCUCGGUGGGGGUGGUGCGGUUCACCAUCCUGAAGCGCCAGUAUCGAACCAUCAACAUCAUCAGCAUCAUCAUCCGGCGCCACACUUGCAACAGUCCGCACACGCUGCCCCUCAGCACCAACAACAGUCAAUCCGUCAACCGCACGUGGGCAUGAAGCGCAAGUAUCCCACGGAUUGUCCAUCGCCGAUGGUCGGCGUAUCGCCGGACGAUGGGAGCCCGAUGGGACCGGGCAGCAGUGGUAGCAGCAACAGCAACAACAGUACCAUCAGUAACCUCAGCAGCAACACCACCGGAAGCGGCACCUUAAGCAGUACGGUGAGCUCCGCAAGCGGUAAUAGCAGCAGCAGCAGCAGUAUGCUUGGUGUAACGAAUCAUCACUUCGGUGUGAACGCUUCGGAUGGAGAUCCGCUGAAGACGAUUAUAAAAUCUUGACAACUUUCGAUCGUCGGCUAAGUGAUUGUACUUGACAAAGCCCAGUCGUUAGUGGCGUAGUGUACGGGGCCUGGUCGUUAAUUGUGGAUAUACUUUUUUUUCGUGUGUAUGUAUGUGUGUGUACAGGUUGGAUACAGGAACCAGUGGAAUCAGUUUGAGGGUUUUGAAUUUGAUUUUAGUUUUGCAUACCAAGGAGAGGUUGUGUUCAAAGAAACCCGUUUUUAAUCCCAAUUUCCAAAACGUUUUGCUCCAUAUUUUGAAAUGAAGACGUUUAGUGCUUCAUUUUUGAACAGCACGUGACAUGCGACGGCUAAACGCUACAAAAAUCGACAUACAGCACGGGUUGAAUGGACAAAUUGUAGAUUAUAUUAGCUCAAUUAUUAUAAAUAGUUUCUUUUUCUUGUAAUAUCCUGAAUGGUCGCUGAGUAUAGAUUAUGUUCUAAGUACCUUUACAUAUUGUUUUAGAGAAUAUACACACACAUAUAUAUACCGAUUAGUAGAUCUCAUAUACAAACAUGCUGGAUAACAACUGCCAAUGGAAUACUAAAAUGGUAAUACAAAACGAUCACAUUGCUGGCACAAUUGCAAUCUUGCAACUUGUCUUUAGCAGAAGCAAGAAUAAAAUCAUCAAACAAACCCCGACUAGGAUGGUGCGAUUGUAUGAGGUUGGUGAAAACGAUACACAAACACACACACACACGUGUAAGAAGAAAGAAGGAUUUAACCUUUUGUGCAUUGCGUUGCAACGAGAAACAGUGCCGACUGAAGGCACACUCGGCAAGACAAAUACUUGACGUAACGUUAACGAUAAUAUAUUGACUUAAGGUGUAAUUUAGCUAAGGGGAAAUGAUUGAUCAUAAUGAAUUAGUACUUCGUAGAAAUUUAGCGUUAAAAAAGCGUGUAAAUAUGCUCCCGGCCACUAGCGAGCCAGUAGCAACAAGACGAAGCAGAUGGAUGAAGAACACACACACACACAACCCCUAUUCUUGUAGCGUAAUGUUUAAAUAGCUUGAACAUUAAUGAAUAUGAUUGACAGUGUGUAUGACAGGGCGUGGGAGAGUUUUGGCAAAAAGGAAGUAGUGGUGACGUUUCGUGAGUGAGACUCAACUUUUCGAACAGCAAACGUUGUUUAUUUCCGUUUUUAAUGCCUAAAACGGCACAUCAAAACAGUUUAUGUUUUUAAGCUGUCCGCCAAACGCGUAGUGCAUAAUUACUAUAAACUCACGCCCCAACAAAAGCAAAGACGUUAACGGGCGUACAUUUUCAACAGGCCUGAACCUCUGGCAUGGUUUUAGCUAUCAGCGGCAACAUCAAUGGGAUCUCUUUUUUAACAGCAAGAUGGUAGAUCUUGCAUUUUUAACAAGCAAACUUUAAAGUAAAACCGCCGCUAGUUUGAUUUUUAACUGUCUAAGAGUGCAAGGGGGGGGGGGAGGAUGUACAGUGGCAGCAUUCAGGCACAAUAAUCAAAAACUCAAUAAUAAAACGGACCACACCACCACCAUCAACUACAACUUGCAUUCGAGGCGGAGGUUCCGAAACGGUGAAGAAUUUACACAGACCACAAACAAAUGGUAUAAACAGAAAGUACCCCGACAGUGACACAAUUGUGAAGGAAGGUUAACGAGUGAAUGCGGAAAGAGAGAGAGAGACAGAGAGUCGUACAACUAUCUAUACCUAUAUACUUAUAUAUCUAUAUACUGGAAAAGGAUAUCCUUUCAAGGGCACUUUUCAUUGUCGAAAAGUCUUGAUACUAUACGAGAGGUGCUUACAGUACGUGACAGGUUACCGGACGGAUAGCAGAGGGAGGGAGAUCUAUCGGAAAUACAAUAAGAACACAAUCUUUAAAAAAAAACGCAGUUGUUGCAAGAUGGAAGCACUUGGCCUUCCCACACUCGGGCGCAACACCGAUCGAUAAAACAUCACUGCAAUAUUCUAAAAAAACGGAGACGAUCAUUAUGAAAAAGCAUAGUUGUGAUUCGUGCCGCAAUAACCGGAGUGUGUUUUUUGUUCUUCCUUUUCUAAGGUUUGCUUUGCUUCGGUUGCGCAACCCCAAACAGGAUCCCCCUGCGAGGAUCGUUUUGGUGUUGUAGUUUGUACGGUUUUUGGAAGGCGGCAUACAAGAGCGAUUGAAGGUUUGGCGAUUUAGCUUCGGAGAGGGAUUUUUAGCUCUGCCCUGCCUCCUGGUAGACCGGCAAAGGAAAGGGAAGACGAACGGACCAUUUGUGAGCCCGCGAGCCUAUACAUAACUGAAAUAACUGAAAACCCGUUUCAAAGAGCGAGAUUGUAUUUAAUAGAAAAGGCGCCCACGGCAGGGAGGACGCUGUGUCGCUGUGUAUUUGUUUGCAAGAUAAGGCAAGUUAGUUGUAAAAGGAAAAGACAACGCAAACACAAACGAACGAAUAGUAGCGCUAGUUUAAAGAAAAGAAAAAAAAGAACGUGCGUGUAGCAAUGUAAAUGUUGCGUUGAAUGAUGUCGUGCCGAGCGCCGAUUCAACGAACAUGGAAAGCAUUAAUUUGUAAGUAGGUAAUUGGUUUUUCGCCCUCGGUUUAAUGUAUGUUCUGCUUUUAUUUUAAUUUCAAACGUAACUUAAAUUAAUAUUUAUAUAAACACCUGUGUACACGAAACCUGUGUGACGAAAACGUAACGGUAACGAAAGACAAGACAUAAACCCAAGUAAAACAAUGCUCAGAUAUGAAACACAAGAAAACAAACUUAGUAUCAAGAGAGAGAGAGAGAGAAAGUGUAUGUGUGUGCGCGUGUGUGUGCGAGAAAAGGGACGGGUUAAUAUCAAUAAUAACGCAACGAGGAUCAAUUUCGAACACAACAGUAGUAACAGUGGGGAAAGUAAGCAAAGACGCCCAGUUGUCGGGGGGAGGAGAGCUAAGGGCGAUAAGGGUGUUAGGUUCUCCUCACACUCCUCCACUCCGCAGAUUGGCGUCCAGUGAUUUUGAUCGCGAAGUUUGUUCUGUGUCCAAAUAAUACGUACAGUUGCGAUGGUGGGAAGAAUGAUGAUCAGUCAUUAGUAACAUUCAUCAAGCGCGAAACAUUUGCAGGAAAACAAAGACAAACGCAAACCAGCCCUGUGUAAGGGCGGUUUCUUGCUUUACUUCCCAGGGAUGUGCUAUCAGUGUGAAAAACUAAUAGAGAAAUAGUGGGACAUUCACUACUAGCACAAUAGACAUUGCUUUUGUUUUGAGUUACACAUAAAAGAUGGAUGAUUUGUAUAAAGAGAACAAUGAAACUACGCAAAGCAGCAACUUUAGCCACAGUUUUGUUAAUCUGGCCCCAACAUUGGACUUCAUAAUUGCCUCAAAAAUUGACGGUAUCUCCUUCCCCUUUGGUUGGGUGAGCGAAUUUUGACAACUUCAUGCCAAUAUCCCUUUUGCUCAUAGUUUAUGAUGGAUAAGAUCAAUCAAAACUCGGAUAAAUACAAGGAGAAGGGGGAGGCUUGGAAAUUCUAUCAAAAUCUCUCCCACCGAGCCGGCUAUGGAAAGGGAAGAUGGCCAUGUCUCUCGAGGAAGAAAAGAAAAACACGGUCAGCGAAUUAAUAAAUUAGUUAAACACACAAAGAGACACACACACACAUGUAAUAUCAGUAUGAGCGGGCAAACGCAUUGUACAGAAAAAAGCACUAGGCGUAUUAGUGAGGUAAAAGCGAAAAAGGGGAAUAAAAAUAACGAACCGCAAGGACAUGUUUAAAAGAGAAAUUGAUUAAAAAAGUAAUCUAUCAAAAUACAAUAAAAAGCAGAUGAUUUUUAUUGAA